UUUCGUCUUUUGAUGAGCUGUGCACAAGCUUGAAAGUGUUCCUGGAGAGGAUAUAUGCUGCGUGUCGUGGCCGGUAAGCAGAAAUAUGUUGCAAACGAGAAGUGGCACCCAAAAAUUAGGGUUUUCGUAAAAGUGGAAGGGUUUUUCUUGUUCCUGUUUGUGAAACCAGAAAUAGGUAUACUUUGUGCUAGCAGGUUGACAAUUUUGAGGGUGGGGGGAGCUUUCAUCUGUCCGUUUCGGGGUUUCAGUAUCAGAGGUUGACAAUUUUGAAAAAAAAGAAGUUUGCUUGGAAUACUUGUACACCUCAAGUGAGUGGGACAAGAAGCUUCAAGUUUGAAAUUUGGUGACUUUGUAUAAAAAUGGCAAACAGCAAAUACGAGUAUGUGAAGUUAUUUGAGGUGGAGGACAAGUUAAUGCCAUCUACAUGGAUCGUUGUACGAAUAGACGGUCGUCAUUUCCAGCAAUUUUCUGAGGAGCAUGAAUUUGAGAAACCAAACGAUGAGCGAGCUUUGAAACUGAUGAAUGCUUGUGCAAAGGCGACGAUUGAAGAAUUUCCAGAUAUAGUCUUCUCAUAUGGAUUUAGUGAUGAGUACAGCUUUGUUUUCAAGAAAACAACAGAAUUCUACAAUAGACGAUCCAGCAAAAUAGUUUCCGUCACUGUUUCUUUUUUCACAUCUGUCUAUGUCAUGAAAUGGAAAGAAUUUUUUCUGGACAAAGAUUUGAAGUCCGCACCUUCUUUUGAUGCUCGUACCAUUUGCUACCCAUCUACUAAGAUUGUUCGAGAUUAUUUGGCACGGAGGCAAGAUGUUUGUCAUAUUAAUAACCAGUACAACACUUGUUUGUGGAUGCUGAUUGGAUCUGGAAUGACCGAAAGUGAAGCUCAAGCUGAAUUAGUGGGUAAACAAAAACAGGAUAAAAAUGAAAUUCUUUUCCAACGGUUUCAUAUAAAUUACGCUGAGCUACCAGCCAUAUUUCGUAAAGGAUCCUGCGUGUUCAAGGUCAGGGAGACAGAUUCUGGAAUAUCCGUCAAAAGAGGAAGAACUGAGGUGGUUAUUGAUCAUUGUGAUAUUAUUCGUGACAAAUUUUGGAAAAAUCAUGUAAACAUCCUCAAAGACAAGUAAAAGUCAUCAAAGAAUACAUGGAGCGCAAGCUCAGUUUAUAUGAUUCAUCGAUCAGUGCUUGUUAACAGAAUGGAGUGCCUGUUGUAGAUGAUAGCGUGAAGUUCAGACAUUAGACUUUCUAUCUAGUUUAAGUGUCAUUGUAAAGCUCUGGGGUGACCCAUAAUGUGAUGACUGGUGCUCCGUAAAUAGUAAUCCAUGACAUGAUUCCUCCUCUGCUGCUGCGUAAAUUUAUUUUCUUCCGGGCAUAUGUUGGUAUGUGAAGUAGGGGAAACCUUGCUAAAGUGAAGGACUGUUUUUAACCUCUACAGUCUGGAGUCUAGACACCCAAUUGUAACUUUACAUGAUGUAGAAAAACAAGGAUUAAUGAAAAUCGACAGAUAAA